GGGCGUGCCGCAGCCGCCGGGGCAGACCCGGCGAGAGGCGGCGGCGAGAGCGGCGGUGAUGGACGGGUCCGGGGAGCAGCCCAGAGACGGGGGGCCCACCAGCUCUGAGCAGAUCAUGAAGACAGGGGCCCUUUUACUAAAGGGCUUCAUCCAGGAUCAAGCAGAGCACAUGGGGGGAGAGGCGUCCCAGCUGCCCCUCGGGCCCAGGGUGCCCCAGGAUGCAUCCACCAAGAAGCUCAGCGAGUGCCUCAAGCGCAUUGGCGACGAGCUGGACAGUAACAUGGAGCUGCAGAGGAUGAUCGCGGCUGUGGACACAGACUCCCCCCGAGAGGUCUUCUUCCGAGUGGCGUCUGAAAUGUUCUCCGACGGCAACUUCAACUGGGGCCGGGUUGUCGCCCUCUUCUACUUUGCCAGCAAACUGGUGCUCAAGAGAAAAAGGAAGGGAGAGAGAGAAAGAGAGAGAAACAUCGAUGUGAGAGAGAAACAGCGAUUGGCUGCCUCCUGCACGCAACGGAGGGGUGAGAGCCCGCAACCUGGGCGUGUGCCCUGACCGGGAAUCGAACCCGCAACCUUUCAGUGCACAGAGGACGCUCACCCAGCCGAGGCAUCCCCGCCAGGGCAAUUGGCUGAUUGUAAACAGGAGAGUGAGGUGACCUGAUUUAUACACUUAACAUAUUAUUCCAGCGAGUAUAGCAAAAUGUUAAUUGUAGAAUCUAGGUUGCAGGCGUAUGGUUGUUCACUGUGGAAUUCUUUUAACUUUUCUCUGAAGAUUCUCAUGUUAAAAUAUUGGGGGAGGCCCUGGCCGGUUUGGCUCAGUGGAUAGAGCGUCAGCCUGUGGACUGAAGGGUCCCGGGUUUGUUUCCUGGUCAGGGCACAUGCCCGGGUUGCAGGCUCAAUCCCCAGUAGGGGGCGUGCAGGAGGCAGCUGAUCAAUGAUUUUCUCAUCAUUGAUGUUUCUAUCUCAAUCUCCUUCUUCCUUCCCCUCUGAAAUCAAUUUAAAAAUAUAUAUAUUGGGGGAAGGGAAGCUCAACAAAUUGUUCUGGCCAUUAUGAGUAGAAAAAGGGAUUAUGGGACAGAAGGGCAAAAGCUGAGGAGCUGGGAGGGGGUACCUGUUAUAGGUAGUCCCUGCAAACAAUGACUGACCUGGACUCAGCUAGUAGCACUAGAGGUGUGGAAAUAUAUAUAUAUAUAUUUUUAUUGAUUUCAGAGAGGAAGGGAGAGGGAGAGAGAGAGAGAGAAACAUCAAUGAUGAGAGAGAGUCACUGAUUGGCUGCCUCCAGCACAACCCACACUGGGGAUCGAGCCUGCAACCUGGGCACGCGCCCUGACCGGGAAUCGAACCGUAACCUCCUGCUUCAUAGGUCGAUGCUCAACCACUGAGCCACGCCGGCCGGGCGAAAUAGCCUUGUGUUUUGUUUGGGAUAUUGAGCUAAUGAAUGAGGUAGAAUGCUGGCGGUGAGGUGAGGGGCCAGCAGUCACGGUGACGGUGGGGUGGGGACCCCAGGAGGGGAGACGCAGCGGACAGCGGGACGCGGGCGUGCAGGGGACUGGAGAGAGGCCGUGUAUGGGGCUGUGGAGUCGUCCCUGGCCUGAAGGCCAGGAGAGCCCUCUCUGGGGACGUGACCUAGCCCCGAGCUCGGAGGGACCAGGGAACGUUCCUCUGGGUGAGGCCCAUUUAGGCCCGAGUAUCAGCAGGAGGCGCUGGUGGGCAUGGGGAUGGGAAGGGCAUGAGGCCCCGGAGAGCGCCACCCACUGGACUGUGUUCCAUCAGGGCCUCCCUCAGGCCCCCGGGCCCAGCUCUGCCUCCUGCUCCCCCGGGCGCUGGGAGCCGGGGAGGGGUGUGGGCAGGCAGCCGGCAGGGGCCCGGUCCAGGCGACAUGUAGGACGCUGGUUCUGGCCGCGGGGGAAGGAGGCUGCGGGGCUGCAGGAGGAGGCAGAGCCGAGGAAGGGGGACCGGCCUGCCCCUGAGGCCCGCCCACUC